AUGGAGUUCCUCUCACCUCUCCCGCCAGUGACGCCAGAGGCAUGGGGCAACGUCACCACCCUCCCCCCGUACGCCGCGUUCUCCGAGUCCCUUCUCUUUCUGGACGACGCCUUCCUUAACGACUCCCUGUGGAACUCGACCAACUCGACUGGCCCCAGAGUUGGUCCAGGCUCCGGCAUGGCGGGAGUCCUCAUCCCCCUCAUCUACAUCAUCGUCUGCAUCAUCGGCCUGGGCGGAAACACCCUGGUCAUCCACAUCGUCCUGCACUACUCCAAGACCGAGUCAGUCACCAACAUCUACAUCCUCAACCUGGCCAUCGCUGACGAGCUCUUCAUGCUGGGCCUGCCCUUCCUGGCCGUCCAGAACGUCCUCCAUUCUUGGCCGUUUGGCUCCUUCAUGUGCCGCCUGGUGAUGACUGUGGACGGGAUCAACCAGUUCACCAGCAUCUUCUGCCUGACCGUGAUGAGUAUCGACCGUUAUUUGGCCGUGGUGCACCCCAUCCGCUCGUCCAAGUGGCGCCGGCCCCAGGUGGCCAAGGCGGUCAAUGGGACGGUGUGGGCGGUCUCCUUCAUGGUGGUGCUGCCAGUGGUCAUCUUCGCCGACGUCAUCAAGGAAGGGGGCAUCUGCAACAUCAUCUGGCCACACCCGGCUGAGAUCUGGAGGGCGGCCUUCAUCAUCUACACCUCCACUGUAGGCUUCUUCUGCCCCCUGCUGGUCAUCUGCCUCUGCUACCUGAUGAUUGUCGUCAAGAUCCGCAGCUCGGGAAAGAAGGUCCACGCCACCUCCACAAAGCGCAGGAAGUCCGAGCGCAAGGUCACCCGCAUGGUCGUCAUCGUGGUGGCCUUGUUCGUCUUCUGCUGGCUGCCGUUUUACGCCCUGAACAUCAUCAACCAGGUGGUUUCCCUGCCGGAGGAGCCCCAGGGCCUCUACUACUUCGUCGUUGUCCUUUCCUACGCCAACAGCUGCGCCAACCCCAUCGUCUACGGCUUCCUCUCCGACAACUUCAAACGGGGUUUCCGGAAGGCCCUGUGCCGCUCCUCCCGGCGGGUGGAGAGCCAGGAGCCCACGGACCGCCUGCAGCAGCAGGAGGAGCGAAGGAGGGUGCUGAAGCCCAGGGACAGCGUGCGGAGGGCCAUGAGGGAUGAGGAGGAAGAGGACGACGACGAAGACAGGGAGGAGGCCACGGAGAUGACCGAGAUCUGCAGGAUUGCGCAGAACGGCAACGGAAACGGCCAGCUGGAGAGCUCCAGGCCCCUGUUUGUGGAGAGGGGAAAGCUAGCGGGGACCUCUGAGGUGGCCUCCCCAGACCAAAGAGUCAAAGUUGGGGAGCCCAGUGGGAAAGGCCCAGGCUCUGGGCCUGCAGCAGCCAUCCCCCAGCUGUUGAACGGGGCCAAAAAUGGUAGUGUCAAACCGUUGCCAGAGGAGCCUGUGGAGAAGAACACCUUGCUCGAGAUCAGUUAUCUGUAAUAUAAAGAAACUACAUUUCAUAGUCUUGUCUAUGUUACUUGAAGUGGAAACACAGUAUUAUUUUGUAAGUCAUG